AGACCGAGACGCGUCUGGCGGGUGUUACGUUUGCGAGCGUCGUCGCCGGCUUGACCGUCUUCCAUGCGCGCCAUAAUGCUCCGUCGGCCAUUGUUCGAGGGUGUCUGGAUUAUCAGUCACAGACGGCACAGUACUCUUUGGGAUGCGCCUGUCGAACACUCGUUCCUCACAAACUCGCUCGAUCAUCCCGUAACUCCGCUGGUUUCCGUCGCAAGCGGUCUUCCACCUCAUAUCGGUUUCUGGUCACACAGCGAUCGUCACAACCAAUGGUAUCCAACGGAGGCCCCAAUUCCUCAUACCGCUUUCUUAUCACGCAGCGAUCGUGAACAUACCAAUCGUAUCCGACGGAGGCUCAAUUCCUUCAUGCCGCUUUCUUGUCACACAGCGAUCGCGACAUGGCAUUCGUAUCCGACGGUCGCUCCAAUUCGCGCAUUCCAGCCAGUCCAACGCCGGGGCAAACCCCUAGCCUUUGCUCGUACUUAAGUCUAACUGUGCCCCGGGCUCUUCUUCACAAAUA